UGGGCUGACCUACUAUGCUUGCCGUAUGACUUCAAGAUGAUGAACCGUCAGCUUCCAGCCAACGUUAUGUCAAACGUCGGAAAACUGGUGGCUUUGCCAAUGGCAGUUCCUGUUCUUGGUAUGAUGUCUGGGACCGUCUUUGCUGCCAGUGAGGAUAAGCAGAAUAAAGACACGCUAAUGAUCGAUGAACUGUCCCUCUACACAGCUCCUCAGACGCGGCUGAAGUACCAGGAGCCGGCGGCUGGGCAUGUGGUGGAGGGCAUCACCACGCUGAGGAAGGCGGCGGAGCCCUACACAUCACUGUGCCAGCAAACAGGUGCUACUGCAAUGGAGAAAGUCCAGGAAGUGUAUGAAACGGUGGAGCCGUCUAUAAGCACUUCGCUGCAACUUGCAAAAGAUGCUAAUGAGCUACUGAAUGACCCUCCACCCAAGUUGUUUCCCAGUUUGGGAGCUAUCGGUUUCUCGGGAAUCCUUGGACUCUACCUGGCCAAAGGCUACAGAGUAAGAAGGUUCCUAUUUCCCACAACGCUGAUGGCUCUGAGUGCGUCCGUGUUCUACCCACAGCAUGCCGCGUCCUUGGCCAUGACGACCAAAGACCAGCUCCACACCUGGGGCUCCCAGGGACGUGUUCACGCCGAGGACCUUUGGAAGAAAAUGUCUUCUCUUUUGGGAACAACGGAGAGGAAGAAGUCCAGCAGCCCCAAGUCCUAAGGCUGACCGCAGUGUUGUCGUCUCCUGCACCCUCCACUAACACAGUCAGCCAUCUCUCAUGAAGUGUGUUUCUUCUCCUGGAACUGUUUACCCAUGCUCACUGUGUUGCACACACACACACGCCCAGCAGGUGACCGGCACCCUUGUUUAGCUUGUGUUUAUAUUUAUUAAACCCACUUCUAGGGUCGUUAUUUUUGCACUGGACGGAAGACCUGUAGAUGUAUAGAACACGAGAUUCUGUGGUCAGUUACAGGAUGAUGUUGAAGAGAUAACACGUUAAAGAGAGUCUUGAUGUGUGCAAUAUUUUUUGAUUACUUGUUGGGUCUUAAUAACACAUUGGGAGGCUUCAAGUGACAUACCGUCAUGUCUCACACAUCACCAUCAUGUCAUGUCUCAGACAGCCAUGUGGUUUCUAGCUGUUUAGCUGAAGGAAGUUCAGUUAAGCAAUUAAAAAAAACAUAAAGGGUUAUCUGACUUUGCUUCUAAAUGUCAUAUUACACACACAUCAUGGUACUUGGGUAAAACAAUUUAUGGUAAGUGAGUAUAUGGACGAGGACAAGUUACUAAGAUUAUGAUCAGGGAUCGAGGAGUUAAAACACUGGACUGUUCUGGACUGCUUCGCUGAUGUUUUGGUUCUGGUUAAUGUCAUUUGGCUUUGUUUAUGUCUAUAUUUUGUAUAUACAGUAAAUGCAUUAUAUUAAUUUGUUGACACAACGUUUUUGUAUUGGUGAAGACGAAGCACUGUUUAAUGUAAGAGUCGGAGAACAUCAAGGCGGUAGCUUCCUUUGCUAAGUCUGUUUUUUCGUUUGUUUGUGGCUUCAAAGGAAGUCAUUUGCUCAGUUAUUUUCUAUCUCCAAAGUACUCACUACAGUUUCAAUAAAAUGCUUUAGACUCUGAAA